AUGGCCUCCUCCCAGCCGGUCGCGUCGCCCAGGCCCAGUCGUGGUUUCAGUUUCGGUGGCAGGUCUGAUAAAUCUCGCCGUUCCAGCAACGCUGCCAGCAAUAAAAUCUCUUUCAGGGAAUCUUCUGAGGAGAAGCACAGGCGCAGUUUACACACCAAAGCCGAUCCGACGCUUGCUAUAAACGAAGCGCAACCAAUGGCUGUUGCCCUCGAACAGUCGACUCUGGGCUCUUUGAGAGCUAUGCAGCACAAAGACCGAUAUGGACAGAUUAUCACUGAUCCCGACCUUUCCAAUCCCACUCGUCCUCGAUUCGAACGUCCAUUAGACACCAUCCGAGCUUUUGAAGCUGCUUUCGAAGGAACGUACAGUAGUAGACCUGUUUCCUGGGCGAGAACAGAGUCCAGCCGUGGAAACGGGCACCAUCCAAACAGAGGAUACAGUGAUCAGAGUGGUUACUUCACUCAAAGGGGAACCUAUUCGCGACCAGAGAGUUAUGUCGAUACUUACAACAGCCAGCCUCAAGAUAAUAGCUACUAUCCGUACAACCAGGGCGGCAGCCGCCGACCACGCCCCAACCCGCGCAUGUAUACCGAGCAGACAGGGUACAGUAACGGCUCGAAUGGAUACGCACAGCAUUCAUACCAGAAGUCAUACGAUAAUAUCACUGCGGUCUCUGGGUCGGGUGGAAGCCACACUGACGCUUGGGGCAAUUCGACCGACCCCAGUUCCGUGAACAGUUCGAUCGAUCAAUUAUCGCAGCAGCUACAAUUUGGACAGCAAGGGUUCAAUUCCCAACCCAAUCUCAAUGGCUAUGCGCCAGCACCUGCAAAGACCCCCGUACAUAGCUUCGGCCAAGCACCAGCCUCCGAUCCGAACGCCGGUGGCCCCGUGGGCGGCACCCCAGCCGCCGCAUCAGCGCCCAACCGUCGUCAACUGCGGAAAUCGGUGAACAUGUCCGAUACAGGGGAUAAGCGAAAGAGCUGGUUCAAGCGCAAGUUUGGCAAGGAUUGA